GAAUUUUAUGGAGAAAACAUAAAAGAGUCUCCUGAUUAUGAAAGAAUCAUCAAUCUUCGUCAUUUUAAGAGGAUACAAAGUUUGCUUGAAGGACAAAAGAUAGCUUUUGGUGGGGAGACUGAUGAGGCCACACGCUAUAUAGCCCCAACAGUACUUACUGAUGUUGAUCCUGAAACCAGAGUGAUGCAAGAAGAAAUUUUUGGACCAGUUCUUCCAAUAGUGCCUGUGAAAAAUGCAGAUGAAGCCAUAAAUUUCAUAAAUGAACGUGAAAAGCCCCUGGCGCUGUAUAUAUUUUCUCAUAACAACAAGCUCAUCAAACGGAUGAUUGACGAGACAUCCAGCGGUGGUGUGACAGGCAAUGAUGUCAUCAUGCACUUCACUCUCAAUUCUCUGCCUUUUGGAGGAGUGGGUAAAUAUCACUUUAUUUGCUCAUAUUAAAUUCAGAAGCUCUGCAUUUCAACA